AUGGUAGCAACAUUCUUGGCUGAGAUUGAGAAUGUUCACAUCCAACAUUCUAGCUUGGAUAUUCUAACAUGGAGGGCUGAUCCUAGUGGUAUUUAUUCCACAAAGUCAGCUUAUAAACUGUUGAAGGAAGCUGAUAGUGGUGCUAUUGAGGAUAGUGCAUCAAAGAUCAUUUGGAAUCUGAAAAUUCCUCCAAGAGCAAUUGCUUUCUCAUGGAGAUUAUUCAAAAACAAAUUACCUACUAGGGCUAACCUUAGAAGGAGACAGGUGGAUAUGCCUUCCUAUAGUUGUCCUUUAUGUGAAUCUAAAGAGGAAAUUUCCAGCCAUGUUAUGUUCACUUGCACCAACACUAGGAUUCUAUGGUGGAAGGCUUUGAGAUGGGUUAAUAGAGUGGGCCCUUUUCCCAUAGAGCCAAAGAAUCACUUCCUGCAAUUCUCUCACUGA